GCUCCACCCACUCCUUCAUUCAUUUCUCUAGUCUCUUGUGCAAUGGAAGAUGCAGAAUGGGUUCUGGUGCGCAGCGCCCCACAGAAGGACUGGUGGAACCCAAGUUUAACGAAUGCAGAAGAAGAGGCUCCCAGGCCCUUGAAGGUUACUUUUUCUGGGCCUGCAACCCACUGGACCGAUGCCAUCCCCAUCGGUAAUGGCCGUCUCGGUGCCAUGGUUUGGGGUGGCGUACCAUCCGAAGUUCUCCAGCUCAACGAGGACACACUUUGGACCGGGACGCCUGUCAAUUACACCAACAAAAAUGCUCCAGAGGCGCUUGCUCAAGUCAGAAAACUUGUUGAUGAUAGAAAGUACUCUGAAGCUACGGCAGCAGCUGUCAAGUUGUCUGGUGAUCCUUCUGAUGUAUACCAACUUCUUGGUGAUAUCCAGUUAGAGUUUGAUGAUUCUCAUCUUAAAUAUUCAAAAGAGUCUUAUCACAGGGAGCUGGAUUUGGAUAGCGCAACAGUAAAAAUAAAAUACUCUGUGGGUGAUGUAGAAUUUACCAGGGAACAUUUUGCUUCUAAUCAGGACCAAGUGAUGGUGUCAAGAUUUUCUGCUAGCAAGUCAGGGUCAUUAUCAUUUACAGUGUCUUUGGAUAGCAAAUUACAUCAUGAUUCACGUGUUAGUGGCCAAAAUCAGAUAAUCAUGGGAGGAAGCUGCCCUGGCAUGAGGAUCCGGCCAAAAGUGAAUUCAGAUGAAGAUCCAAAGGGGAUACAGUUUUCUGCAAUUCUUGAUAUACAGAUUAGUAAUGACAAAGGGGUUUUACGUGUUUUGGAUGAUAAGAAACUAAGAGUUGAAGGUUCAGAUUGGGCUAUUUUACUUCUGACAGCUUCUUCUUCUUUUGAUGGGCCAUUUACUAAGCCUGAAGACUCUAAGAAGGAUCCUGCUUCUGAGUCCCUCAGUAAAAUGAAGUCUGUGAAAAAUUUUUCGUACGCUGAUCUUUAUGCACGUCACUUGAAUGACUAUCAGAAUAUAUUUCAUCGUGUCUCAUUGCAACUCUCUAAAAGCUCCAAGACUGUGUUAGGAAAAUCUGUUCUGGACGAAAGGAAAUUGGUUUCCUCUCAAAUGGGAGGUGAUGAUACUGUUCCAACUUCAGCGAGAGUCAAAUCUUUUCAAACUGACGAAGAUCCUUCCUUUGUGGAGCUUUUGUUUCAAUAUGGUCGAUAUCUACUAAUUUCUUCUUCACGUCCUGGAACUCAGGUGGCAAACCUACAGGGUAUAUGGAACAACAAAAUUGAGCCUGCAUGGGACGGUGCUCCUCAUUUGAACAUUAAUCUUCAAAUGAAUUAUUGGCCGUCCCUUUCUUGCAACCUACAUGAGUGUCAAGAGCCGUUAUUUGAUUACAUUUCCUCUUUGUCAGUGAAUGGUAGCAAGACUGCAAAGGUGAACUAUGAAGCAAAUGGUUGGGUUGCGCAUCAAGUUUCUGAUAUAUGGGCGAAAACAUCCCCAGAUCGAGGUGAGGCUGUUUGGGCUUUCUGGCCAAUGGGUGGAGCUUGGCUUUGUACCCAUCUAUGGGAGCAUUAUACUUAUACAAUGGACAAAGAUUUUCUUAAAAAUAAAGCAUAUCCUUUGUUGGAAGGAUGUACAUCAUUUUUGUUGGAUUGGUUGAUUGAAGGCGGUGGUGGAUUAUUGGAAACUAACCCAUCAACUUCACCAGAGCACAUGUUCAUUGCACCAGAUCAAAAGCCUGCUAGUGUGAGCUACUCAUCAACCAUGGACAUUUCAAUCAUAAAAGAAGUUUUCUCUACAAUCAUCUCUGCUGCCGAGGUUUUGGGAAAACACGAUGAUGCUAUUAUAAAAAGAGUCACUGAGUCUCAGUCUAAGCUUCCUCCGACAAAAAUUGCUAGGGAUGGUUCCAUUAUGGAAUGGGCAGAAGAUUUUCAGGACCCGGAUGUACAUCAUCGACAUGUUUCACAUCUGUUUGGCCUGUUUCCAGGGCACACUAUAAGUCUCGAGAAAACCCCAGACCUCUGUAAAGCUGUGGACUAUAGUCUAACUAAAAGAGGAGACGAAGGUCCAGGGUGGUCAACAACUUGGAAAGCUUCACUGUGGGCACAUCUUCACAACAGUGAGCAUGCAUAUCGCAUGAUAAAACACUUGAUUGACUUAGUAGACCCUGAUCAUGAGAGUGAUUUCGAAGGAGGACUUUACAGUAACCUAUUCACAGCACACCCCCCUUUCCAGAUUGAUGCAAACUUUGGUUUUUCAACAGCAGUGGCAGAAAUGCUUGUUCAAAGCACAAUGAAGGACCUCUACUUGCUUCCUGCAUUGCCUCGGGAUAAAUGGGCAAAUGGUUGUGUAAAAGGAUUGAAAGCACGUGGCGGGGUGACAGUCAACAUCUGCUGGAAAGAAGGAGAUCUCCGUGAAGUAGGGCUUUGGUCAGAAAACCAGAAUUCCCAAGUGAGACUACAUUAUAGAGAAACCAUGGUCCUAGCAAAUUUAUCACCCGGCAGAGUUUACUCAUACAAUAAUCGGUUGAAGUGUGUGAAGACAUACUCCUUUAGCCAAGUGAAUCCUUGAAUUUUUUUUCCAACCUUUCCAAUAAGUCUCUUAUUAAGGAACAUGCAUUGCUUUAUGAAAUUUGUCAUUGGAUUCAAUGUUGGAUGUAGUUUGCUAUAUGUUGGGACCUCACGGCAACUGCACCGAUCGUGU